AUGCGUGCGAUUCAGGAUAGGUGCCAGGAACUUGGUGUUGAAAAUCCAUUGUUAUAUGAAAGUAACUCACAUGAAGGUGGAAGUGAAGAAAAGGCGGCGCAGAGUGUAACAGUAGAUAAUUGGAACUCAGAUACUGUCGUCCUACAUAUCUGUGAGAAGUCUUUACAACUCUCGGAACAAGAUAAAGAUUGCACAAAUGAUGUACCAACGCUAAUGGAGAAUCUAACUACUCGAAAAGGCAUGCGUAGUGCCACAGAAAGACAUUGUGUAGCCAUUAUCAAGUCACUUGCACGGCAUCACCCGACCUUUAAAAAUGAAAAGGUGUAUCAGUCAGCCCUGACGUCUGUCUUUUCUCGGGUAAAAACAAGGCUUCCUAUUGGACCAAUGCUGUCUUUGAUCCUUGAUGGAGUAAAAGCUGGAGUCUCUCGUGAGGCGCUAACAGAUUCUCUCUCAUGGGUUGGUGGUCGACUCCUUGGGGAGGAUAUGGCAAACACUUCUCCAAAAGUUCUGGCCAACUAUUUUGUUGCUGCGCAUGAGCUGAAUUUCUUGCAUACGGCUGCUCAUCCGCUGUUUAUUGGUGCCUUUCAACAUGAAAAGGCUAUUGAGUUGCUUUCCCCUCAGUUAGCAGCUCGGCUCUUUGCAGCCUUAUGUGCACUUGGUGUAGAUAAUAGGUCGUUGCUUGAAUGCAUUCUAAAUCGAGUGGAGCUGUGGUGCUUGAAAUUGUUGAAAACCGUCGGAUGGUCAGAAGAAGAUUGGAAAGCCAGCUUAGUUCUGGUCCAUGCCUUGUGGACUUCAGCAUCAGAGGUUGUGUGGAAUCAAUUAAUGCAAAUUACACACAAAUUGGUUUCCCACAUGAUCGAGCGAGCAACUGAACCGAAAACUCGGGACUAUUCUCUUUUGGUUGCUUCAGCUGCCGCCACCUUUAGUAUUCACAAUGCUGCUGACAAAGUCGCCACGCAAAGGAAGGGAAAGGCUUUUAGUUUUGAGCAGCUUCCUGGAUUUCUGAAUGUUGUUACUUCACUCUUCUCGGAAGACGGCAUCGCUUUCUCGCUUCCUCGAACUGAUUUGUUACUAAGAUCCGAGGUGAAAACUCCUAUUAUUCCCCAAUACAGCAACAUCACCCACUUUAUUAUCACGGCUCAUGCUGUUCAACGCCUUUCUCAAAGUGAAAAUAAGUUGUCAAAGAGGCUAACGCCGCUUGGAGUGAGUUUGUGGCGAUACUGUUUAAAGCAUUUGGAGAAAACACCAAUUACAGACAACACGCUAUUGACAGCAGUGGGAUUUUCAAUUCGAUUUGGUGCAAGCAGUCAGGCAUUCGACCGAUGUAUGUCAGCAUUAAUAGAAAAAGAAGACAAUGUAAACCUGCUGUCGGUAUGCUUCAUAGCGGAUGGUUUGGUUCGAGCAGGCAAAAGGAGGUCCGUAGCCACCCAGUUUGUUGCUCAUUUUUCACAGAGGAAUUGCUUAGAUGAUUUACCAGCUGCGGCGUUAUUCUCUUUACUUAGUUUCUUUGCGCGAGACGCGGAGCGGGUGGCUCUUGGACUAACUCGAGCAGACAUGCUGAUUACCCUUGUGUGGUCAUCGCUUAGCCUUAAACUGGCGCGGCUGUCGGGAACUACAAAUCUUUGGACUCUGGUAGAGACAGUACCUGUGGAAUCAAGGCAGUCGCUGUUGGGCUUCUUUGUUGAAAGUGGAUUGGUAGAGGCGUCUUCUGUGAUGGAACUUUUGCCGCCUGUUUCUACGGUUUUAGCUUGGCAACAUAAUUUAGCAAACAGUGUCUAUGUCAGCAAUUUUUUAGCAAGGGUAAAAGCGUCUCUUGUUCAUCGUGGAAACAAUCAAACCACCCUCGAUCCCGUUGCGGAGGAGAUUUUGAAGAAAAUUUCAGAGCGUAUGUAG